CUUCACUCUCUACUUCAUUUGUUCUCCGUCCGUGGGAGAAGAGACUCGAGGCACGCCAAAUGUCAAAAACCAAGAAGCAGGAUAAUUGGAACGAUCUGAACAAACUUUUGUGAAUUGGUGUGACAAAAAGUGAAUACAAAAGAGUGGAAAAAAAGUUGAACAAAAAGUGUGGAAAUAAGAGUCAGUAACGACUGGAAAUUAGGGAAAAAGUGGAAAAAUGAGAUUAUCAAGAGUCUCGACGGUCCUCCUCCUCACGCUUGUCGUAGGAUUAUCGUUCGCUCAAGAAUCUGAAGACUCGACGACGCCGAAACGCGUAUUAAAGAAGUACCGUGUCCGACGUCCAGUCAUUGUGGAUGAUCAAGGCAACGUCGUCCGAGCUGGGCCACGGCUUCGUCGCGUUCGCGUAAAAAAUCCUAAGCCCACGGCGGAAACGGCAACGACGACGGUGGUCACGUCGACAACGUCGACAUCUUCGACGUCAUCUUCCUCCUCCCCAGCUGCGCCACAGAUUCAGCCACAAACGCAACAUUUGAGACAGAGAACGAGCCAGAAUGCCAUCCCACUCGAGAGACAGGUCCAGCGAGUAGUGCAACCACAAGCCCAACAGCAACAACAGCAACAAGUAUUUUACGAAGAGCGCGAACCUGCUGUGGUGGAACCAAUUCGCACCGUUCCACUCGCCUACCGCCAACCAACGUCGCAGGUGAAUAGAGACGCCCUCCUGGGAAAUGUACGGUACAAGCCGAGCCGUGGAACUGCUGGGGCUGCCGAUGAGGAAAAAAAAGUGGGGACGACGAGAAACUAUUCGAAAAUCAACGAGGAUGGUUCCUUCACUUUCGGCUACGAGGCUGAGGAUGGUUCAUUCAAGGAGGAGACGCGCGGAGUGGAUUGCGUCGUGCGAGGAAAAUAUGGCUACAUUGACCCCGAAGGAGUGCGACGAGAGUUUGAAUACGUUUCCGGAAACCCGUGCGACCCCAACAAUCCAAACCCAGAAGAACAAGCGGACGAGGAAGAGGACGCGCUAGCUCCGUCUCGACCCAUCCUCCGCCAAAGGGUGCGACCUUCCGAACUCUCAGAGAACAAUAUUCAACAAGGCCUCCAACAAGUUAGAGAAGAACAAUUGCCGGAAGAUCAGUUGGUCAACUUUGUGCGACCAGCAGUCCGACAACGCGUCCGGGUUCCACAACAGCAGCAAGGUCUCGUCCUCCGUCAACGCGUCCGCAUCACGACCCCAGCCCCAUCGCCAACCUUCGCCACGAACCAAGCCGAGGAUGAAGACCAACCUUCCCUCCUCGUCCGACAGAAACCAUUCCCUUCGUUCCAGUCCAUCCGACCCUCCGUCUUCCAAGACGUGAGCCAGUCCUUGGAGGAGGACACGAACAGAAGGCCCCCCGGAUUUGGCCGAGGUCUCUUCAACUUUGACCAGGAAGUUCACCGCCUCGCCGCCAUCCCUGCCCGACCACAAAACCAACCUCAGCCAUUGUAUGAGCAACCGUUCAGACAGGUCGUGCACCAACCGAGCCAACCAGGGCGACAGGUUUUCGGAAACGCUGCCUUCCGUCAAGAACAAGCCACCGCGAGCCCACCCCCCACAUCCCCCCAAUCAUCACAAAUCCCACCACCAACCUCCUCCUUUGGUGGUAAUCGAUACCGCACCGAACUCGUUUACGACCCACAAAGUGGACAAUACACUUCCGUCCAAGUGCAGGCCAAUCCUCACACGAACGAAGAGUUCGAGCUGACCCAGAAGCUUCGUGCUUAUUCCGUCAACCCGUCUCCAUCCCCGUCGCCGGUUACUUACACGUCCGCCCCGACCUUCUCCACCCCCACGGGAGCCGGAGCUUACACACAGAUUCAGCAAUUUGGACAACCUCAAAUUCAAUAUUAUCAUCAGUCCGAGCCCCCACAGGGCAGAUCGGUCAAUUCUCCUCAUCCUCAACCACAAGAUCCCUCCCAAAUUAACCAAUUCCUAGCGCGACAUGCUUAUCAACAGCAAGAACAGCAGCAACAAACUCAAACAAGCAAUUUGCAAUUUAUUCCACCCCAUUUGCGACCUGGGGCGCAUCAAACGGCAGAAAUUCAGCGACAAGAAGUCCGCGAACUUAAUUUUCCAUCGCCCUCGUCAAAUCUUCAGUCUGGAUUAAGUGCGAAUUCUGCGGCAGCGUCGAACGGCCAGAUUGACGCAUUUUUGAGAGCGCUUAAUAUUUCGAUUUAAUUAAUUACAGUAGGGAAUUAAAUGUUUGAAGGAAAUUCUGCUUAAUUAUGAGAGAAGCCAGUUUGCCAUAUUUGCAUAUUUUUUGCACGAGUUUUUGCAACUCUUGCCCUUACAUGCGUCUCUCUUUCUGUUAAUGAUGCGCUCUCUUCACCUUUUUUAAACUACUUGAUUUUUCUGUAUUUUUAUGUUAGACUUAUAAACUCUAUAUUUGUAAAUAAGUACAAAAGUAGGGAACGUUUUGUAUUGCAAACUUUGUUAUUAUACUUUUUUUCUUCAGACUGAAAGAGGUUUAUAAAGAAGGCAUCAUUCAUUUCUUACUUAUUUAGCGUGCAUCCUGCUUGUGAAUGAACUUUGAUGAUGAUGAUGAUGACGAGUGAAUACGAACAAUAAAUAAAAAAGUUUUAAAAAAUA